AUGGAUAUUAAAAGCAGUGGAAAUUCCGAGUGCGUCGGACCAUGUUCCAGCGGAAUGACAGGCUUGGGUACGGUAGUCGCACCUAUUCGUAAACGACGUUUUAGCAGUGCCAAAAUUCAACCGACUCGAGUAAAACGGGUAAUGCAAAGUGAUGACGAGAUUGGGCGUAUGGUUGCAUCAGUACCAGUAGCAAUUGGUCGAGCUAUGGAGCAUUUUGCUGAAAAGCUACUUGAAACUGCUGCGCAGUGUGUUUUAUAUUCUACGUCACGCACUCUUUCUCCAUCACAUAUAAAACAAGCUGUAAUGCAAACUCCGCAUUUUAAGUUCUUAGAAUCACUGGUUCGAGAAAUACCGUUGCCACCAUCAACUGGACCCGAACUGCAUUGGAAAACUGAUUUGGCCGAUCAGCCUUCGUUUUCGGGUUUUUAUCCACCACGUCUUGCGACAGAUCUUUCCAGUCAUAUGAGUAUGUCGAUGUUAACAGCCCAAAUAGGUUUGCCAAAAUUGCCAUAUAGUGGGAAUCUGUUGAGUACUAAAAGAAGACAAAGUAAUGGUGAAGUGGAUAGCAACGAAACAAAGCCGAAAAGAGGCCGGCCACGAAAAAUGAAAAGAGAGGAGAAGUACAGUGUUCUUAGUAUCGAGAUGUGCGUUGAUGACGACGGUUUACUUUUGGAUGAUAAGCCUUUGAGUCAUGUUGCAGAUGUAAAUACACUGUCAAACGGGAUAACGCUUAGCGAUCGAGAGCUUAUGCCCCCUCCCAAUGUUUUGCCGGUACGUGUUCUCGCAGCUACUACAUUUGCGGACAAUAAACGAAAUUCACCAUCAACGAGUUUACUCUCUUCAUCCAAGAUGAAUAACAACGGUGAACAGAGACAGUCAACUGUAUAA